AAAUCAUUCGUCCUCCGAGCUUCCAAGGCAGACCUGUAGUCACCAAUCGAAGGAAAAUUAACUCACGACCUUUCAAGACAAGAGAAUUUUUCUGCAUAUGCUAUGUUGAUCGAUCAGCAGCCAGAUCGAUCCGUUCAUGCCUGAACCCCUUGUGAGUACCAAACAAUCGUUGUGUACAUUCAUGGCAGUUUUUUAGACAUAAGGAGCUCACUUGGGUGAUUAUUCACAAACUACGAUUUCUACAAUGUGUUACGCCGCUGUCACGGUAGUGACUACCGACGGCAGCGAGUACGCAUGUUCUUCCAGGAUAUUUGAGAUAUGAACAUGCACACCAAGUUUCUGACUCGCCUCUUAAAAAUUCAUAUCAACUUCAGCGUGGUACCCGUCUCUCUGGGCCAUCGAUCGAGCACACCAAUAGAACUCGAAUUAUCUCAUAGUAGCACACAACUUCCUGUGCAUAAGGAACGGGGCACAUUUUUGGACCUUGACUUGUAUCUCCAAUCAACAUUUUCCACAUUCAAGCUUGUGGUCAUGUCUGUGGCUGAGCUUGUGGUGGUGAUCGUGGCUGCGCUUGUGGUAGUGAUUGUGGCUGCACUUGUAUCAGCCUCUUGAUUGUGUAGUGCGGUACUAGCGCCUAUUACUCACGCUGUCGCUCACUCUCCACCACCAUCAUUUUUGCUCUCACAGUCGCAUCUAGGGAGGCAUCAUGGUACAAUACAAGCGGUCUUGGCACCAUCAAGACUUUCACAUGGAACCUGUACGACGGCAUCAUGAUGAUAUUUCCUGUGUCAU